GCCGGCUCGCCAGAGUGUAGCCGCUGCCAAAUUGUUACAGUUGUGGCGCCAUUUUCAUAUAAACAAAUCGGCUACCCUACAUCUCUGCAUCAUUGCAUGCUUCCAUAGCUGUAAUACUUUUGUCCACUUCCUUUGUUCGAUCCACCACCACUUGCCUCGGAAGGGAGCAGGCAGAGGAGGGGAGGGGGAGGGAGAGGGAGAGGGAGAGAUGAAGCCUAGGCUGACUCGCUGCAGUUUCCUCCAUGGCGCCGCCCCUGCGGUGCUGCUCCUCCUCCUGUGUUUUUCUUGGAGGGCAGCUGCGCAGGCUCCUCAGCCGCCGCAGACUGAUCCGGUUGAAGCGGCGGCGGUGAACGCGAUCCUGAGCAAGCUGGGGCUGAGCGCGCCGGCGUCGUGGAACAUCAGCGGCAACCCGUGCAGCGGCGCGGCAACGGACGACACGCCGCUGGACGACAACCCGACCUUCAACCCGGCCAUCAAGUGCGACUGCUCCGACCGCAACAACACGCUCUGUCACGUCAUCAGAUUGAAAAUAAACACGCUGGAUGCGGUUGGUCCGAUUCCAGAAGAGCUGCGGAACCUCACUCACCUCAGAAAGUUGGACUUCAGAAAAAAUUACUUUACCGGGCCAUUGCCAGCAUUCAUUGGAGAACUAACUGCUCUGGAAUUCGUAACCGUGGGCAUCAAUGCAUUAUCAGGACCUCUCCCAAAGGAGCUUGGGAAUCUUACCAAUCUCUUAUCACUGGCAUUGGGUUCAAAUAAUUUUAACGGCACACUUCCUGAUGAGCUGGGGAAAUUGACAAAACUUCGGCAAAUAUACAUUGACAGUAACGACUUCAGUGGUCCUCUACCAUCGACAUUGUCCCAACUUAAGAACCUGUCAGUCUUGUGGGCAUCAGACAAUAAUUUCAGUGGGCAGAUACCUGAUUAUCUCGGGAGCUUGACUAACUUGACCCAACUGAGGCUCCAAGGGAACUCUUUUCAAGGCCCCAUUCCCAGAAGUUUGUCUAAUCUUGUCAACUUAACAACCUUAAGAAUAGGCGAUAUAGCAAAUGGAAGCUCUGCACUGGCGUUCAUUGGCAACAUGACAUCUUUGGGUGACCUAGUAUUGAGGAACAGCAUGAUAUCUGACACACUUGCAUCGGUAGACUUCUCCAAAUUUGGAAUUUUAAAUUUACUGGAUCUGAGUUUCAACAAUAUCACAGGCCAAAUACCUCAAUCAAUUUUGAAUCUUCCGUCACUUACUUUUUUAUUUCUUGGGAACAAUAGCCUUUCGGGAAGUCUUCCAGCCACGAAAAGUCCCUUACUGACCAAUUUAGAUUUUUCAUACAACAAUCUCUCAGGAAGCUUUCCUUCUUGGGCUUCCCAGGGAAAUUUACAAUUGAAUUUGGUGGCAAACGACUUUGUGAUGGAUAGCUCUAAUAACAGUGUUUUGCCAUGGGGAUUGAACUGUCUUCAGCGGAAUACUCCCUGUUUCCUUGGUUCUCCACAGUCUGCCUCCUUUGCGGUGGACUGUGGUGGUAGUAGAGCCAUAUCAGGUUCAGAUAAUUCCAUGUAUCAGGCUGAUAAUGCUAGUCUUGGAGCUGCAUCAUAUUAUGUUGCGGGUGCACCUACGUGGGGUGUUAGCAGCGUUGGAAGAUUCAUGGAUCCACCGAAUGGAAGUUACAUAAUCUACAGUUCACGCCAGUUUCAGAACACACUAGAUUCUGCACUGUUCCAAACAGCAAGGAUGUCACCAUCAUCUCUGAGAUACUAUGGCAUUGGACUCGAGAACGGAAACUACACAGUCACACUUCAAUUUGCAGAGUCUGACUUUCCAGACAUACAGUCCUGGAGAAGCAGAGGGAGGAGGGUUUUUGAUAUCUAUGUUCAGGGAGAGCGCAAGGAGCAGAACUUUGACAUCAGAAAAGCGGCAGGAGGGAAAUCUUUCACUGCUGUUAAGAAGCAGUAUGUUGUUCCAGUGACCAAAAACUUCCUUGAGAUUCAUCUCUUCUGGGCUGGCAAGGGUACUUGCUGCAUUCCUACUCAAGGCUACUAUGGGCCUGCGAUAUCGGCAUUGAGUGCAACUCCAAAUUUCGUCCCUACAGUGCGUAGUUCUGCAGACAACAAGAGGAGCAGUAAAACUGGUGUGAUUGCUGGAGUUGUAGUUGGUGUUUCAGUUUUUGCAUUGGCUGCACUGGUUGGAAUCUUUGUAUGGAGUCAGAGAAGGAGAAAGCUAUUGUUAGAGCUAGAAGAAUUGUACACUAUAGUUGGAAGACCAAAUGUCUUCAGUUAUAGUGAGCUUAGGUCAGCUACAGAAAAUUUUUGUUCUAGUAACCUACUUGGUGAAGGAGGAUAUGGAUCAGUUUACAAGGGUAAGCUGAGUGAUGGAAGAGUGGUGGCAGUGAAGCAGCUCUCUCAAUCGUCUAAUCAGGGGAAAAAACAAUUUGCUGCAGAAAUAGAAACUAUAUCUCGAGUGCAACACCGUAACCUCGUGAGGUUGUAUGGUUGCUGCCUUGAGAGCAAUACACCUCUGCUGGUUUAUGAGUACCUGGAGAAUGGAAGCCUUGAUCAUGUGUUGUUUGGAAAGGGAAGUUUGAACCUAGAUUGGCCAACACGAUUUGAGAUAUGUUUGGGCAUAGCAAGAGGUAUAGCUUAUCUCCAUGAGGAAUCGAGUGUCUGCAUUGUGCACAGGGACAUAAAGGCCAGUAAUGUAUUACUAGAUGCUGAUCUCAAUCCUAAAAUCUCGGAUUUUGGGCUUGCCAAGCUUUAUGAUGACAAGAAGACUCACGUCAGCACAAAAGUUGCUGGCACAUUUGGUUAUCUCGCACCUGAGUACGCCAUGAGGGGUCAUAUGACUGAGAAGGUUGAUGUGUUUGCAUUUGGCGUUGUCGCGUUGGAGAUCGUUGCCGGUGAAUCAAACUAUUACAGUUCACUUGAAGAAGACACCACGUAUAUAUUUGAAAGGGUCUGGGAGCUGUAUGAAAACGACCGCCCGCUUGACUUCGUCGACCCUAACCUAACCGAAUUCAACGGCGACGAGGUCCUGCGAGUGAUCCGCGUCGCGCUUCACUGCACCCAGGGCUCGCCUCACAAACGGCCAUCCAUGUCGAAGGUCGUCUCGAUGCUUGCCGGGGACGCUGACAUGGCCGAGGAUGUCACCAAGCCCAGCUACAUCACGGAGUGGCAGGUCAAGGCUGUCAGCGGCAGCUUCACGAGCACUCAGCUCGGUUCGUCGUCGACGCAGCCGUCCUCUGGCGUCAACGGUGAGCCUGGGGAGGUCACGCCGGUGGCCCCGUCGCCGCUGUUCACUUCCAUCAUUGAGGGGGGCAGGUGACGGCAAGAGCGAGCCCAGCGUGCUGGUUUUCUCGUCACCUCGUCUUCCUGCACUUGCUUCUCCUUCUGCAGCAUGCAUGGCAUCCACCAUUUUGCUGAGCGAUGCUUUUGAGCUUAAACCUCGUGUUAAAAAAGGAUAACCUUUGUUUGUUCUUGAUACUUAAUAUUUUUUUUCUUAAUUUAAUUAGGUGGAAGUGAACAUCUAA